CUCAUACAGUGGCCCUCGCGAACGAUUCAUGUUAAGGGAAGAACUAUUUUUUCUUCAAAAAAUGUUGACAAUUACUCCUUGUUCUUUUGAAGCGCAACAAACAUGAUACUUUUUAUGAUUCUUCUUGUUUCAAGAGCAAGGGAAAAUAGAGCCAUAAGUUAGUUGUAGUUCUUGAAAGUAUGCACCAACACAAUUUAUUAUCGAGAACCAUAGCGCCUUCAGUACUUAUACAACAAGAGUUGUAGUUGAUUUACGUAUGUCGAUAAUUUUUCGGAGGAAGACCUUCGUCUAAUCCUUUCAGAUGAGGACUAUGCCCGAGAAGAGUUUUAUCGCCAUCGCGAUCACUACGGCGAUCGUGAGUUCGGCCCUGGCGAGGAUGGGCCUCCACGCGGUGAGCGAAACUACGACUAUCCGCCACAUGAGAUGCGG